AACGACCAUCCCAUCAAACCAGAUUCCCAUUUCCUAGCAUAAAAUGGACUUCUAUAGAAAAAUACAAAGGAAAAUAAAAGUCGAAGGCGGUGACUAAAACAACGAGAAAAACUCAAACCUUUGAAAACUUUAGAAUUCUUAUAAAAUAAUAAGGAAAAUUCAAAGUCUCAAUAGCGUGGGAUUCACUCCACUCUUACCAUUCCCCGACUUCCCCCUCAUUUCCGCCACACUUAUUUCCAAUCAAAUCCACACACACACAUGUUAUAAAUAUAACACAUAGUCACAUACAUACACAUUAUUCAUUUCAUUCAUAAGACCCUUCAUUCAUUUACUCAAAGAAGUGGAAGUGAAAAAAUUAGAAAAAGAGAAGAAAAAAAACAUUGACUACCAAAUGGCUCCGUGUCGUACGAUGAUGGUUCUGCUCUGUUUUGUUCUGUUUCUCGCGGCGAGUAGUUCUUGUGUAGCGGCUGCAAGAAUUGGAGCCACCAUGGAGAUGAAGAAGAAUAUAAAGAGAUUAACGUUUAAAAACAGCCAUAUUUUUGGUUACUUACCUAAAGGCGUUCCCAUUCCUCCUUCUGCUCCUUCUAAGAGACACAACUCUUUUGUUAACUCUCUUCCUCAUUGAUUUCAUUUUAUUUUAUUCAUUGUAUUCUUUUAGGUUUGGUUUUGUAGAUUAGAUCAACAUAGGGUAUUAUACUCUUUGUAUAUGCAUACGAUUUAUAUUUACUUUUGAAUUUGUUCCUUUUUAUGUUUAUAGACUUAAUAUAUGUUUAAGGUCAUUACGGCCAUAUAAAGAUCAAGAAAUCGAUUAAGCUUUGUUAGCCUUCUACUAAAGAAUAUUCCAUAGACCUCACUCAUCAUACGC